CUUAUAUUUGGCACCCUUUACCCUGCGUAUUAUUCCUACAAGGCUGUGAAGUCAAAGGACAUUAAAGAAUAUGUCAAAUGGAUGAUGUACUGGAUUAUAUUUGCACUUUUCACCACAGCAGAGACAUUCACAGACAUCUUCCUUUGUUGGUUUCCAUUCUAUUAUGAACUAAAAAUAGCAUUUGUAGCCUGGCUGCUGUCUCCCUACACAAAAGGCUCCAGCCUCCUAUACAGGAAAUUUGUACAUCCCACGCUGUCUUCAAAAGAAAAGGAAAUUGAUGAUUGCCUGGUCCAAGCAAAAGACCGAAGCUAUGAUGCCCUUGUACACUUUGGGAAGCGAGGCUUGAACGUGGCAGCCACGGCGGCAGUGAUGGCUGCUUCCAAGGGACAGGGUGCCUUAUCAGAGAGACUCCGGAGCUUCAGCAUGCAAGACCUCACCACCAUCAGGGGUGACGGUGCCCCUGCCCCCUCUAGCCCCCCCCCACCGGGGUCUGGGCGGGCCAGCGGUAAACAUGGCCAGCCUAAGAUGUCCAGGAGUGCUUCUGAGAGUGCUGGCAGCUCAGGCACCGCCUAGAACCUUUCGAUUUCGCUUCAGGAAGAAAAGUACCUCAUCCUCGGCCACUGAGACCACGUGAGUGAGAUGAGCCAACAGCACCGGGAUACACAGAAUGUUUCUUCUCUGCCUUAAAGAGCUAUUCACUUGUAACAUAGAAAUCUGCAAGCUGGGUGUGCUUGGCAUGUGCAACCUCACAGACAUGGCCUUUUCUCUCUCCUCUUCCAUUUUUAGGAAUUUUUUUUUCCUUUUGUUUUCUGGGGAGAGAAUAAAGGUAAAGGUAGUAUGAUGUGUGAGGGGUAACUCUUAAGUCCUCUGACAUUAGUAGUUUUCCAACUGAAUUGUCAUUACAGACAGUGGUAUUUUCAGAAAUGUUAAGAGACUUGCCCUCACAUGGCUGAGAUGUACAUUUGUAAUUUAUCUGUUGCAUACUUAGUUUUUAGUUCUGUACAUGCAAAAAAAAAAAAAAAAAAAAGCCAUUUUUUAAAAAAACUUUUGUUUUUGUUCUUGGUACUAAUACUUUGGACUAGGAUGUACAUAUUUAUGGCUUUUGGCUUAAUAUAAUGGACUUGC